AUGGCCAGGUCCAACGUCUCAGAGAACGAAAUUAUCAGCAAAAUUAAGACGAUAACCCUUAAGGAAGGGAAGAACACCCCCUCCGUCAGCGUGAAGAACUACACAAAAUUUAUCGCACACAAGUUGCGAAAAAAUAGGGAUGGCAUUAUUUCUUGCAAGGACCAGAUCCGAAACCUGGAGUUGCUGACCAGGCGGAUGCACAGCGAACUCUCGGACGGGAACAGGGAAUUAAAAAAAUUAAAAAAGAAUAUCGUCAAGUCAGACAUGCUAAAUGGGCAACUAGAGCUCGACAUCAUGACCCAAAUGAGGAGGAACAAUGCACACAAAAGUAGGAUCUCUCUUUUAAAAAAAAAAAAAAUGAGCAUUAACAAAGCAAAGGGCAUUAUCAGCAGUGACAUUGACUAUAUGGAAACGAGAGUAACCCUGAUGAAGCACAAUGUCGAAGAAAGUGAAAAGAAAUAUUACAAGCUGGUUGGUGCUAAGGACAAACUGCACAAUGAAAUGGUGAAGUUUAAAAAGGACCGAAGGGAUUUGCAGCACCAUUUAAAGCACACCAAGAAGAAUCAUGACCUUUUGAAAAACCAGAUGCAGAAUUUUGUCGUAAAUAUGGUUCCAUAG